AUGCCGGGCGGCCGUCGGGGGCUCGUGGCCCCGCAGAACACCUUCCUCGAGAACAUCAUCCGCCGCUCCUCAUCGCAGCCAGACAGCAGCUUCCUGCUGGCCAAUGCACAGAUCGUGGACUACCCCAUCGUGUACUGCAACGAAACCUUCUGCAAGAUGAGCGGCUACAACCGCGCCGAGGUCAUGCAGAAGUCAUGCAGGUGCACGUGGAUGUACGGCGAGCUGACAGAGAAGGAGGCGGUGGAGCGCGUGGACCGCGCACUGGACCACCACCUCGCCGACCAGUUCGAGAUCCUGCUCUACAAGAAAAACCGCACGCCGCUGUGGCUGCUGGUGCACGUGGCGCCCAUCCGCAACGAGCGCGAGCUGGUGGUGCUGUUCCUGCUCACGUUCCGCGACAUCACCGCGCUCAAACAACCCAUCGAUGCCGACGACCCCAAGGGAGGUCUGUCGAAGUUCGCAAAGCUGGCCCGCAGCGUGACGCGGUCGCGCUCGGUGCUGGUGUCGGCGCUGCCGGCGCUAAAGGAGCCGCAGCGGCAGAGCCAGCUCGCGCAUGUGCUGUCGCUGUCGGGCGACGUGCUGCCGCAGUACCGCCAGGAGGCGCCCAAGACGCCGCCGCACAUCCUGCUCCACUACUGCGCCUUCAAAGCCAUCUGGGACUGGAUCAUCCUCUGCCUUACCUUCUACACCGCCAUCAUGGUGCCCUACAACGUCGCCUUCAAGAACAAGACGAGCGAGGACGUGUCGCUACUCGUCAUCGAUUCCAUCGUGGACGUAGUCUUCUUCAUUGACAUCGUGCUCAACUUUCACACGACAUUUGUGGGACCGGGUGGAGAGGUGGUCAGCGAUCCGAAGGUCAUAAGAAAGAACUACUUCAAGUCUUGGUUCCUCAUCGACCUGCUGUCUUGUCUUCCAUAUGACGUGUUCAACGCCUUCGACCACGAUGAGGAUGGAAUCGGCAGCCUGUUCAGUGCGCUGAAAGUGGUGCGGCUGCUGCGUCUGGGCCGCGUGGUGCGCAAGCUGGACCGCUACCUGGAGUACGGCGCCGCCAUGCUCAUCCUGCUGCUGUGCUUCUACAUGCUGGUGGCGCACUGGCUGGCCUGCGUGUGGUACAGCAUCGGUCGCUCCGACGCCGACUCUGGCCUGCAGUACUCGUGGCUGUGGAAACUCGCCAACGUCACCCAGAGCCCCUAUUCGUACGUGUGGUCCAACGAGUCGGACGGACCCGAACUCGUGAACGGUCCCUCACGCAAGACCAUGUACGUCACCGCGCUCUACUUCACCAUGACCUGCAUGACUUCCGUGGGCUUCGGCAACGUCGCCGCCGAGACCGAUAACGAGAAGAUCUUCACCAUCUGCAUGAUGAUUGUGGCAGCGCUGCUGUACGCGACGAUAUUCGGGCACGUGACCACCAUCAUCCAGCAGAUGACUUCCGCCACCGCCAAGUACCACGACAUGCUAAACAACGUGCGCGAGUUCAUGAAGUUGCACGAGGUGCCCAAAGCACUGAGCGAGCGCGUCAUGGACUACGUCGUCUCCACCUGGGCCAUGACCAAGGGUCUCGACACGGAUAAGGUACUGAACUACUGUCCGAAGGAUAUGAAGGCGGACAUCUGCGUCCACCUGAAUCGCAAGGUGUUUAACGAGCACCCGGCGUUCCGGCUGGCGUCGGACGGCUGCCUGCGCGCCCUCGCCAUGCACUUCCACAUGUCGCACUCGGCGCCUGGUGACCUACUCUACCACACCGGCGAGUCCAUCGACUCGCUCUGCUUUAUCGUCACCGGCUCACUCGAGGUCAUUCAGGACGAUGAGGUUGUCGCCAUACUCGGCAAAGGCGACGUGUUCGGGGACUCGUUCUGGAAGGACACGGCAGUGGGGCAGUCGGCGGCCAACGUGCGCGCGCUCACGUACUGCGACCUGCACACCAUCAAGCGCGACCGCCUGCUCGAGGUGCUCGACUUCUACCAGGCCUUCGCCAACAGCUUCGCGAGGAACCUCACCCUCACGUACAAUUUACGACAUCGCCUCAUAUUUCGUAAGGUGGCGGACGUGCGUCGCGAGCGCGAGCUGAUGGAGCGGCGCAAGCGCGAGCCGCAGCUCGAGCAGGCGCAGGACCACCUCGUGCGCAAGAUCUUCUCACGCUUCCGUCGCGAGCGCAGCGUGGCCGCGGCUCCAGGGCCGGCGCCGGCGCGUACUCAGACCACCCCCGCCGCCCCCGCCGCCCCCGCGACUGAUGCGGAGCGCGGGGAGGCGGGCUCAUCUGUGGCUGCCCCCGCCCCCACUCCUAUCCCCGCCCCCGCCGCAACCCCUGCAGCUGGCGAGGGCAAGGCGGCGGUGCGCGGCAAGUGGGGGCGGCUGCUGGCGGGUGGCUCGCUCGAUAUCGCGGCGGAAGCGCCGCGCGCCGCCUUCACGCGCAGCCUGAGCACGCGCGACCGCCCGCCCUCCACUGAGAGCCUCACCCAGUCUUCCGCGAUAAACUCGAAUUCACUUACAUUAAAGGCUGCAUUCACGCGGGGACGCGCCGCAAGCGUCCUGAGCGCUGCAAUCGCACGGCGUGACGCCAUCGACGAGGAGUCGGACGAGAAACGGCUGACGCAGGGGGUGGCUUCCUCCCCCUCCUCCACCCCCGCGCCCGUCGUCACUCCCACCACCGCCCCCGCAUCAGCACUCUCCCCGCACGAUGCCGCGCUUGCCGAGCUACGCCGCGACGUGCGCAACGAGGUGCAGAGACUACAGCAAAAGCUAGGACGCGUUGAGGAGCUGCUGACUCUGCUGGCGGCACGGUUGGGUGCGGACCCGAGCGCGCCUGACGCGGCUGCCGCGCCGCCACCUGCCAUCGCGCCCACCCCCGUGCCCACCGCAGUGCCCGCCCCCGCACCCACCCUUGCGCCUGCAGCCGCGCCUGUCUCCGCUCCCACCUCAGCCUCCACUUCCGCCUCUACAGACGCCGCCGCCACCGCACGGAAACGACGCUCCAAGGCGCGAAGUAAAGGUGCAGCGCCGCAAGUGCCGACGCCGACGUCGCCCGGCGAGGCUUCGAGUGGGCCGGGAGGGGGCCCACUGUAG